AGCUACUAUAAUUUGACCCUAAGAGAAAUUAGUUAUGCAUUCAUAAUUUAAAAUUACUUACAGCAUUAUGUGUACUAGUUAGAAGUAUAUAAUGAUCUAGUGGUAUAGCGAAAGCUGGUAAUACAAAAGUGAUUGUAAACUAAUAAUUGCAAAAUGUGUUCAUCGUUGUCUCUCAUGAGUAUAGUGGCUAUCCUGGUGAUGGAUGUCAGGAUUGGAGCAUUGGAACAAGAGGUGAAGGGGCGCGAGUGUCACCAGUGCGUGGCGUCGAACAGCACGACGAUGUGCGAGCAUUCGUCCGAGUGGGCGACCGCCGCGUGUCCCGCCGACGCUCCCUAUUGUGCCACAAUCGCACUUGCACCCAAUUUCAGAUCAACUCUUACUUGUUCGGCGGAUAGCAAGACGUCUUGUUCGCUGACGUAUACAUCGGAAAAUGUAAUUCAGCUUACUUGCGUUUGUAGAGAACACUUUUGCAACACUCCUCUCUCGCAAACGUUGCGGAAACAACUACUCAAUUUUUCAUCGAAGAACAACACGAGCGCGAACCUCACAGAAACUUUCUAUAAAAUUGCGAUUUCCGCGAACUCUACAGAACUAAAUCUUUAUAAAGAAAUUACCUCUGAUGUAACGGAAGUGACUGUGCCAACACUAAAGAAUACUUCACAAGUCACCACUUUGCCGCCUGUCUCGUCCACUACAUUAAGGGCUCAAUCGAUUACAAGACAUGCAGAGUUGUCGCCGCAAGCAGAAGCUUUAAAACAAGAAACUACAGCCCCGUCUGAUGAUGAUGAAGAUGAAAGUGAAGGGAGCGGCGCUUAUGAAGAAGCGAGAUCUCACCACCCUGCCUCGGCUCCGGCUGCUCCGAGCUCCUUUUUGCCAGCCAAUGAGAACAUAGCGUCAAGUUUGCCAACAAACUUGAUAUUAAUAACGUCACUUGCGGCGUACAGUUUAGUUUAAACAUAAAACCUAUGCUCUUAGAAAUCUUUUCACGCCCGUAUUGGCUGUAACGUUAUUGCAUCUUACAAGAGCAAUAGCGCGGCACUAAAGUACUAUGGCCUUGUAUUUCCAGUUCUGACAAUGUCAUGUUUUAGAUUUUUUGUUUUCAUUCAAAGGAAUACCCAUAGUUUUGAAGUGUAUAAAAUAGAUAAUUCUAUGAAUUAAAUUAGUGCCAAUGUUUUGGGAACAAAUAUUUUACAUAUGUUCAUAAUUUAAUUUAAUAGAUACCUUGCUGAUUCACGGUGUCCAAUAGAUAUUAGUCGGUAUUUCAUAUUGAACUGUUUGAAUUUUAAAUUAAUAGAGUCACGCGUCUCCAUGUAAAUCAAAUCGUAAAUCAAUUUCGAAUAUAUGUAUGAAGACUAUAGAACGUCAAAAUUUUAAGUAGGUAUAAAUUAGUUUGGUUCACUAAAUACAAAUAUGCAUAAUAAAUUCUUUCGAAAAAAAAAAAUUAUUUUUGUGUAAAUUUGUGAUAAUAAAGAACUUGCGUGCCAAAUAUUCUUUGGAAAUCGGUUCAUUCAAUAUUUCAAAAUUUCGUGUUCAAAAUUUUAGGAUAAUAAACAUACUUUAUAUGUUAUAUCAUUAGGUAAGUAUUAAAACUCGUUUUAUAAGAGUAAUUUUAACGUGCAAUACUUGAAUGUUUAAUAUUUAACUGCCGUCAAAUGUAACACACAAAUUUAAUAAGAUUUUGCUUACAUUGUACGUUUAGAACAAAAAAUAAGAAUUUAAAUUGCUUUUUCUGACCCUGGCGUCAACCUACCCGACUUCGAUGGCAUACUGAAACAUGUCCAAUAAUUUACAAUAAAAAAUAUUCUUUUGUAUCAGCCGAGUCGUCAUAAACUUUAAGCGUAUAGAUAGAUCACAUAAUACACGUUCAUCUUUAUUCAUAUAGAUAUAGUGUCAAUUAAUGUCACCAUUUAUCUAUUGUGUAAAUGAGAUAUUGUUGUGAUUUAAUAAAUAAACUUCAGAAAGAAUAAA